AUGAAGGAAGAUCAGAAUAAUGGCUUUCAAGAGCAGGAUCAAAUGAAUAAUAAUAAAAGGGUUUGUGGGUUUUGUAACAAAGUGUUUAGUUCAGGUAAAGCUUUAGGUGGUCACAUGAGAAUACACGUUCAAGCUAACAAAGAUCUGGUUUUCGAGAAGAAGCUCAAAGCCUGUCAAUCUGUCAAGUUCAAGAAACAGAAUUAUCUGCCUGAAGAUGAGGAUAGAGUUGUUGAUUUUGUGAAGAAGAAGAAGAAGCAUUAUAAGGGUUACAAUAAGAAACAAACUUGUACAAUUUGUCAUAAACAUUUUCCAUCGGAGAAAUCGCUGUUCGGGCACAUGAGGUGCCAUCCUGAGAGAGAAUGGAGGGGGAUUCAUCCCCCUACGAUGGCAAGAAACAGCUCAUCGUCAUCUUCUUCAUUCGACGCUGAGACUCAAAAAAUGGAUGAUCGGAUUGAUAAUUGGGUUGAUUUGACAAAAUCAUUGAAGGGUUGGUCAGUGACUGCGAAGAGAGGCCGCAAGGCGAUGGUGGCAUCAAGCUUAGAGAUUUCGAGCUUGGAGGAUGAUCAAUUACGGGAUGCUGUUAAUGAUCUUAUGAUGCUGGCUCAUGGGGACUCGUACGAAAGUGGCCUAACAAAUAGGCUAAAGGUCGAUGAAUCUGAUAAAGCUAACAGUACUUCACUGAAUUCCAAGGCUGGAAUUUGGGACAUUAGUCCGGUUUCUAAAUUGAAGAAGCAAAUAAUCGAGGAAACUUACGUUGACGAAUUGGGUUCCUCCAAUUUUGAAGAUGUUGAAUAUUUGCAAGUGAAAAGUGUGAUAGAUGUAGGUGAAGCGACAGAUGUUCUUGGAACUGGGGUUAUCCUUGAAAAACCCGUAUUAGAGCUCGAGCAUGAGGAUUCCUCAGAUGACAACAAGAAGUAUUCAGUUACUAGUUAUGGUAACGUGACAAUCAAGAACAAGAAAAGAAGGAAAAAGGUGAAAUUGAGUGAUUUGGAACUGGUACAAAAUGCUAGUCCAAAGUUGGCACUUCAGCCUGAUAAGUACAAUUGCAGCACUUGUGACAGGUCCUUCCCAACACACCAAGCACUGGGUGGCCAUAGGUCCUGCCAUAAAAAAAUCAAGAUUUGGGUGGACGAAGAAAUUUCAAAUCCCAUUGUCCAAUUGACAGACGAAACUAAAGAAAGUGAAGCUAGUAACAUAUGCAGGAGAGUGCUCGAUUUUGAUCUCAAUGAGGUUCCUCCACCUGAAGACGAAACUGGUAUAGAGUCUGAACUUGUAGUUAGUAAUUAA